UACAAUUUUGAGGACCAUGUUCCUUAGUUGAUAGUAGUCAACCCACAAUAUUUUAAUACCAUUCAUGACCGGAUGUAGAGUUGGAAUUGGAGGACAUGUUGAUUUGUCAUGACUGAGACGACUCUGUCAAUUCGUCAAAAAGUGUUUUGUUUAGACAGAAAUUGUACAAAAUUAAAUAGUAAAUCGGGUGAUAUCGUGUUGUGAUAAGUGGUUAUAAUACAAUGUGUGAUACGUUUUUACGCUGACGAAUCAAAUAAAGAAAAAGUAAAUUUAAGUAGCACUAGCCGAUCAGCAACUCUUUGAUGCCCCGCAGCCGGGACGACAUGCAAGUAAACGUGGCGGGCCUAAGGAGGAAUAUUAAAAAUCUUGCGCACAACUACUCUGAUGCCCAGGUUAAAGUGCGCGAGGCGACCUCGAACGACCCAUGGGGUCCGUCGAGCACCCUCAUGGCCGAGAUUGCGGACCUCACGUACAACGUGAUGGCAUUCACGGAGAUCAUGCAGAUGAUAUGGAAACGACUCAACGACCACGGCAAGAACUGGCGGCACGUCUACAAGGCAUUAGUCCUCAUGGAGUACCUCAUCAAGACUGGCAGCGAGAAGGUCGCCAUGCAGUGCAAGGAAAAUAUAUUUGCUAUACACACGCUUAAAGACUUCCAAUAUAUGGAGGAGGGGAAAGACCAAGGUCUGAACGUGCGCGAGAAGGCGAAGCAGCUGGUGAACCUGCUGAAGGACGAGGAGCGGUUAAAGAACGAGCGCGCGCGGGCGCUGAAGGCCAAGCAGCGGUUCGCGCAGGGCAGCGCGCUCGGCAGCGACGCCGCGCUCGACUCGCCCGCCAGCCCCACCUACCCCCCGCUGAACAGUUCCCCAGUGGAGUGGGGCAGCAUCGGCAGCGGCGUGAGUGUGAGCGGGGGCGGGGGCGGGCGCGACGCCGAGCUGGCGCGGCCGCUGACGGCGGGCGAGGAGGAGCUGCAGCUGCAGCUGGCGCUGGCCAUGUCGCGCGAGGAGGCAGAGCGCGAGGAGCGACGUCGGCGAUCUGACGACGUGCGGCUGCAGCUAGCCAUCAGCCAGUCGCAGCACGACCUACAGGGUCAGACUGUGGAGAAGAAGCCGGAGACGCAGCAGUCUCACCUGCUGGACCUGCUGGACGUGAACCUGAGCCCCAGCGCGGUCCCCCCGCAGGCCCCCCACGCAGCGCCACUCGACCCCUGGGGUCUGCCCUCGCCGCAACACAACACACAGUCAAUGAAUUUGGACGUCAGUAUAUUCUCUGACUCAAUGGACACGUCGCCGGACGCGUGGUCGGGUGUGGGCAGUCCGGCGCGAGAUGUGUGGCCCCCGCAGCCUCCCCCCGCCGACCCCUGGGCUCCCGUACAGCAGAGUAAGUCAAUGCCGAUGGUACCGGGCAUGGGCGUGGGCGUGGGCGUGGGCGCGGCCGUGUCCCCGGUGUCGGUGCUAUCGUCGCCCAGCUCAGCUGACCUGCAGCAGUUCGAUGCUCUGUCACAGCGGCCGCGAGCCGCAGCGCCACCUGUCGAGAACGACCCCUUCGACCUCUCUCUGCUCGGUGACAACCUGAGCGGCGCGCAGACUUCCAGCGUGAAGAAGUCGCCGUCGGCCUUCCUCGGCGAGAACUCCUCCCUGGUGAACCUGGAGCGGUUGCUGCAGCCCGUGGCCGAGCCCCCUGCGCCCAACCCCUUCGCCGACGUCCAACCCCCGCCCCCGGCGCGACUGACGAUAAAUGAGUUGAAGCAGCAGCAGAUGGGAUUGGGCGGCGCGCUGGCCUUCGCCCCCGCCCCCGCCCCUGCGCCCCGUGCUCAGCCCACUCCCGCCCCCGUGCUCGCCCCCCUGGCCCCCGCCCCAGUCACCGCAGACCCCUGGGCGCCCGCCCCCGCCCCGGUCCCCGCCGCACGCGCCGCCUCGCCCUGGUCCCCGCCCCCGCAGCGACACACGCCCAACCCCUUCCUCUCCUAGCCGAACCUCCGCUAACGCCGCGGCGAUCACCACCUCCCCCCCUCCCCCCACACUGCACACACACUGCGGCCUCGCUGCACGCUGCACGCUGCAUACUGCAGGCGGUCGCGAUCACACUGCGCAUAGGUAACGCUGCAGAGAACGCAACGUGCACAACAAAUAAUACAGUGAUACUGACAAAUGUAUUGAUUUUUUACAAUCACACGGCAUGAGUUGCUUCAA